GGUUACGUGAAUGGGUCAUCGUUCCACCCUGUAGGCUGGUAAAAGCCUCUUUUUACAAUAGCAUACCGAUACACGCACAACUGAAGAAAUGCACUGAAAUUACCCGUAAUGUUCAUAGUGUCUGCUCACCAAAAGCAAAUAAUUACAGAUACCGCUCUUACGUUGCAGGAAAACUUUGUCCGGUAACUAAAUAGGCUUCGUUGGCAAGCUAAGCUAACAGGAAGAGCUAACGACACUUGAAACUCCGCUUGAUAUCCUCUCCAGCAGCCUGCUGGACCUGACAGAUCCAGCGAUGUGAGCAGCUCUGAUGAGCAUCUUCUUGAGUCUCAUCUGCGUCUGUUUGAGACGGCUUUUAAUCUGCACCAGAGGAGCACCGAGUAACAAACGCCACAGCCGGAUUAGCCGAAUAGGUGUAUGUUGUUGAGAGUUGGAGGGUAACUCCACAACGAUGCCUCUGGGAUUGGGAAGAAGGAAGAAGGCAUCCCCGCUGGUGGAGAAUGAGGAAGGGGAGCCCAUCCGCGCCGGCCUCAAUGUGGCAGGGAUGGAUGGGCUGGAUGGAGGUGUGGUUGGACUUGGAGAAGGUGCUGCCUCUGAGGGUCUUCCUCCUCCGCUGAACAGCAUGAGACCACGGCUCAUCUUCCACACGCAGCUCGCUCACGGAAGCCCCACAGGCCGCAUCGAGGGCUUCAGCAAUGUCCGGGAGCUUUACGCUAAGAUAGGAGAGGCCUUUGGGAUACCUGCAUCUGAGGUUAUGUUUUGCACACUGAACACACACAAGGUGGAUAUGGAUAAGCUGCUGGGAGGUCAGAUCGGGCUGGAGGACUUCAUUUUUGCUCACGUUAAAGGACAAAAGAAGGAAAUCGAAGUGUUUAAAGGAGAAGACGCUCUGGGUCUGACAAUCACUGAUAACGGAGCAGGCUAUGCUUUUAUCAAGAGAAUCCGUGAGGGGAGCAUCAUCCACCAAAUCCAGGUCAUCAACGUCGGGGACAUGAUUGAGUCCAUCAACGGCCAUCGCCUCAUUGGCUGUCGACACUACGAAGUUGCCAAAAUGUUGAAGGAGCUUCCGAGGGGGAAGAUGUUCACCAUCAAGCUGGUGGAACCUCUCAAAGCUUUUGAUAUGAUCAGCCAGAGGUCUGGAGGCUCCAGAUCAGCAUCAGGGGUUCAGCUUGGGACGGGCAGAGGAACCCUUCGGCUGCGCUCCAAAGGUCCCGCUACAGUGGAGGAGCUGCCUUCUGCGUUUGAAGAAAAGGCCAUCGAGAAAGUGGACGACCUGCUGGAGAGUUACAUGGGCAUCAGGGACAGCGAGUUGGCUGCCACCAUGGUGGAGCUGGGAAAAGACAAGAAGAACCCAGACGAGUUCGCCGAAGCUCUGGAUGAAACUUUGGGAGAUUUCGCCUUCCCGGAUGAAUUUGUGUUUGACGUGUGGGGCGCCAUCGGAGACGCCAAGGUCGGACGGGUGUAACAUCAGAAACUAAUGAGGCUUCAUGACGUGUGUGUGUAGGUUUUACAUGCACAACAUUCAGCACUACUAGAACACACCACCACCGUGAGUUUUUUUUUUUUUUUUCUUUUUAACUCCAGUACACUCGUCUAACUUUUGUGCUUCAUGUUUUUGGGAGAUGAUCCAGACACUGGGAGAGGAAGGCAGCGCUUUUCGUCUUCCUGCUUUUUCCAGAAGCCACUAGCACGCCGGGGAGCAUUUCCCCCCAAACGCAUCAAAAUGACCUUGCAUGUCGCAGAUGCUCAGCGUGGAACAAAACAGAACUGACCUCUGAAACGGGAGAAAAAAAGCGAUCUGUGAUGUUUUCCAGCUUGCUUUGCGCCGCGCAGGAAUGGAGACAAACAUGGGGUUGCACGGCACCUGUACCAGUGUUUUUGUACUCGUACGGCGUCGUUCUGAGCAUGUGCUGUUACCUUUUAUCUCUUCCCACUAUGAAAUCAUGUUGUCAUAGGUCCAAACAUAAAAUAGACGCUUUCAGAUGAGAUUGUAGAAAAGUUGUAGCUGUUAACUGAAAAGAUGAGAUGUUGUUUUUUUCCCACAUCUUGCUGUAGUGAAAAUGGCUUCACCUUCCUGCUUUUCAUUGAUUUUGUUUUUCCACAUUUCUAAAAAAAAAAAAAAACAGUGUUAACCAGAAGCAGGCAGGUUUCCAGGUUUGUGGAUUUAUUUUUUUAUAGUUAGUGUUUUUUUAUAUAUAUAUAAAAAUAUAUAUGAAGUGAUGUGUUGAUUAUUUUAAAAGAGGAGAUGUGUAACAGGAGAAUUUGUGUUGCGACUUUAUAACACAGCAGUAUUAAGUACAGACAAAAAAAGUUCUAAUUUCCGACGUUUUUUUGUGAGUUCUGUUUCAAAAACCUGAAGCCCGACGAGAAACCUUCGUUGUGUUGAUGACGGGAUGACGUUGCACUAACCUCAGUUUAAGUUAAAUAGGAUAAAGUCAGUGUAUCCACACGGGAGAAGCUGUUUUUCCUUCAUUCCUCAGAGUUAAUGAAUUCCCAAAUGGGUGAUGUAAUGAAACUGAUGCUCAAACACUGUAACACUAAGAACAUUAUUUUGUUGGCUUUGUUUACACUGUUGUCAAUGUCCAAAAUAUAUUGCAAUAACAACAUU